AUGCGUUCCUCCACCCCAAAUAUCAUCUUGUUGGGGCUCUUGUCGACGUGCUUCAUCGGGGGUAACGGCAAUGUAAUACCUACCACUCAGUGCGUUGGGGUCAACUGUGACGAACUCACGACUCUCAAAUCGGGCACUCUGAAGGUCCCUAACGGCAUCGGCGGACAUCUUCAUCGCCGCGCAGGAGGUGGAGCGCAACCACAUGACUCUCCGAACGUUCCUGUUGUAGGCCCAGGCGCAGCCAGACUCAAGGAGGGUUUUGUAAUCAGAAGAGAAAUUGGCUUACUUUCUGGCGUCGCUGCGAGGAACCUACUCAAAAUAAUCCUCCUCCAAAUACAAAUCCAAACAAUAAUUACGUUUGAGAGACACCCCUCUUACUGUUCCAAAGUACAGAGACAUGUUCCUAGAACGAAUGCGGCAGCAAAACCUGGUUGGCACUGGCUCUUGGAUAUUCUGGAGUGGUCCAGCACCUGGUCGCCUGCUACGUUUGCAGCUGAAGUAGCAACCAAAGGCAAACAAACGACAGUUAACCACUUAAGACAGGUGAAUACAGAGACUGCUGGAGAGAGAAAAGGUGAUUGGAGCCGGGCUGGCGGCAAGGAGACGUCCUUUUGGGCGAUAUCCUCGAAAGCUUAUGCACAAAUUGUCAAAGGAGAUGUAUGGGUGGUUCUUCCAAAGGGAGCUUCUGUCAAUAAGCCCUAUCUCGACGUGGACCCGAACAAAGGAUCCAACUGGUGGUCAUAUGAAGUACCCGAAUUAACUCGUAGCAGUCAAGUCGACAGAGUUAUACGCAUCGAUACGAAUUUCAAAGAUGAAUAUAUUGUCGUAGGAGAGAUCUGGAAGAAGAUGAUCAGUCCUGGGGCACUCCUGGAAAUGAAUGGCAAUUACGUAUGCUGGGAACAUUCUGGGAUACAAAAAAAACAAAACCUAGGUACGAUCUAUGUAGGUCCAUUUUCGAUGCUGGUCAUCUUUGAUAAGCCUCAUGUAACCGCAUCAGAUCUCCUUUGUUUCCUCCGUUUUUUCCUUGGAUUUGGAAAGAUUGCAUGGGUGGCCUUGGGAUCCUUCUGGUCUGAUUAUCUCGCGAAUACAAAUAUGGGGUCGAGGAUAGGCGAACUAGGUGGUGAGUGCCAAACUAGGUGUAAGGGCUACGUAGAUGGAGAGAAUUCGGAGGUGAUAAAAAAAGUGGACAGAGAAGUCCUAGUCCCAUUGAGGAAGGAAAUAUGCCAAUAUGGAAGGAUUGGUACACAUGAGCUCAGCAUCACGUGCGACAGAUUACACCAUAUGAAACCACAACUUCGCCUUCCCUCAUGUCUCUCGUGUAGCAAGUGUGCAUCUCUCACUCAAAGCCCCAGAGUGAAGGAAGAAGGCACAUGGAUGUCAACAUUCCAAGGUUCCUAG